UAUUAUUAUUAUUGUUGUUGUUAUUGUUAUUAUUUUACAACUUUCAAGUCUUUGGUCUGCUGUGAAAAUCUCCCAGCAUGCAUUUGCUCAUUCAUCCAUUCGCUUUCACUUGCUGUGUGUCUUGUCUGCUUAACGCAGCAAAUUGAAGCGUCCACAUCCCGUUCAGGAUUGUGGAGUCUAUGCCAGCUGGCUGCAUAGUAGACAAGCCUAAAUUGCUGAACCUACCCUCAUUUCAAAGUUAGGUGGUUUCCUGUUUUGGUUGCCAACAUGUUGGUGGCUCCUGUUUGCUUGAUGAGCUUUCUUUACCUGGGCCAGGUGUUUGGGGCACAAAUUCCAUAUGAAAACUCACGUAACAUCCCCGGUGCUCAGCCGUUCCCCUGGCAUCAUAUGAGACUCCCCCAAACCGUUAUGCCCCUCCACUACGACCUGACCAUUCACCCCAACUUGACCACCCUGAACUUCACCGGCGUUGUUCGCAUCCAGCUGGAAGUGCUCGAAAACACUAAAGCCAUCGUUCUGCACACCAAGCAGUUGAAGAUUUUCAAUGUAAAGCUCAAGACGCCCGAAGGUGUGAGGUCUCUUCAGGUUGUGGAGAAUUCAAUUUACCAGCAGCUUGCCCUGCUGUCAGACGAGGUGAUCACAAGAGGGGCGGACUACGAGGUCCAUAUGGAGUUUUCCGCCAAACUCUCGGACAGCUAUCACGGUUUUUACAAGAGCAGCUACCGAACCAGCAGCGGGCAGCUUCGGAUUCUGGCAUCCACGCAGUUUGAAGCUACCUUCGCCCGAGCAGCCUUCCCUUGUUUUGAUGAGCCCGCAUUUAAAGCCAACUUUACCAUCUCCAUCAUACGGGAGGCGCGACACAUCGCCAUUUCCAAUAUGCCCAAGAUAAAAACAAUCGCAUUACCUGGAAAUGUGUUUGAGGAUGCCUUUGGCACCACAGUAAAGAUGAGCACAUACUUGGUAGCCUUCAUCGUGUCCGACUUCCUCUCCGUGAGCAAGAUGACUAAACACGGCGUCAAGAUUUCUGUCUAUGCCGUAGCUGAGAAAAUCAACCAAACGGACUUCGCGCUGGAUACCGCUGUGAAGCUGCUCGACUUUUACGACACCUACUUCAAUAUUCCUUACCCACUCCCCAAACAGGACCUGGCUGCUAUCCCUGACUUCCAGGCGGGAGCGAUGGAGAACUGGGGUCUGACCACCUACAGAGAGGCGGCCCUUCUCUUCCACCCUGAAAAAUCCUCCAUGGCAGACAAAGCACAGAUUGCUAAGAUCAUCGCUCAUGAGCUUGCACACCAGUGGUUUGGCAACUUGGUGACGAUGGAGUGGUGGAGUGACCUGUGGCUCAAUGAGGGUUUUGCCAAGUUCAUGGAGUUUAUUGCUGUCGACUUCACAUGCCCGGAGUUACAAGCGAAUGACUUAUUCUUGGGGAAGUGUUACAACGCCAUGGAGGUUGAUGGUCUCAGCUCAUCACACCCCAUCUUCAACCCUGUGGAAAACCCCACUGAGAUCCAGGAAAUGUUUGACGAAGUGUCCUACGAUAAGGGAGCGUGCAUUCUGAAUAUGCUUAAAGACUUCAUGACACCUGAGGUCUUCGAGGUUGGGAUCAUCCGCUACCUGAAGCGGUACAGCUACCGAAACACUGUCAGCAGCCAUCUGUGGGAAAGCCUGACCGAUAUUUGCAAUUCGAAUGAUCUCCAUGACGCCCCAUCUAAACGAAAAGAAUUCUGCUCGAAGCGCACCCUACAAUCUGGAAAAUAUGACCAUGGUGAUAAGUUUGACAUCAAGACCAUCAUGGACACAUGGACACGACAGAAGGGCUUUCCGCUAGUCAGCGUUGACUUAAAAGGUCGUAAGCUCAUUCUCACCCAGCAUCGUUACCUGAAGAUAGAGGAAAAGCCCACCACCACUGGACCCCCGACUGAAACACUCGUUUGGCAGAUUCCACUGACUUACAAGACGAGCGCCUCUGACACAACACAACACUUCCUGAUGAGGUCCGCAGUGGAUCUCCUGCGGAUUCCAAAUGGAGUGGACUGGAUCAAGCUGAACGUAGACAUGAGCGGCUACUACAUCGUCCACUACGGCAAAGAUGGGUGGAAGACUAUGAUUAAGCUGCUCCAGAACAACCACACGGCGCUCAGUGGCAAGGACCGAGCCAGCCUCAUACACGACGCCUUCCGGGUCGUCAGCAUCAAGAAGCUGACCCUGGAAACCGCUUUGGAGCUGUCCACGUAUCUGUCCAAAGAGACCAAUGUCAUUGCUGUGACUCAGGGCUUUGCAGAACUUAUACCCAUCUAUAAACUGAUAGAAAGGAGGGAAAUAAUUCUUCUCGAGAAUAGCAUGAAGAUUUACAUGCUGCACCUGUUCAAGGACUUGAUUGACAGUCAGAGGUGGGACGAUUCCGGUUCCUCGUCUGAGCGAAUGCUACGCAGCUACCUGCUGUUGUUCGCCUGUGUCAGGAACUACACUCCUUGUGUGACCAAAGCUAGCCAGCUGUUCAACAUGUGGAAGGACUCUGAUGGCAAAAUGAGCCUCCCAGUUGAAGUCACCCUGGCCGUGUAUGCUGUUGGGGCUCAAACACCAGAGGGGUGGGACUUCCUGUUUGAGUUCUACCGCCGGUCUUUGCAACUGUCCGUUCAGAGUAGGAUCAAAAUUGCCUUGACAAUCAGCCCAUUGCGUCAAAAGCUCAAGUGGAUUCUGGAACAGAGUCUUCUCGGUGAGGUGAUGAAAACUCAAGACCUCCCAGAUGUGUUGGUCUCUAUCAGCAGGAACCCCCGAGGCCACAGACUAGCGUGGGACUUCCUCCGAGCCAAUUGGGCGACGCUGAUCAAAAAGUUUGAAAUCGGCUCCUCCUCCAUCGCGCACAUGGUCACGGGAGUGACCAGCCUGUACUCCACAAAGACAAUGCUGACGUCGGUGGAGAAAUUCUUCACCUCUCUGACAGUGGAGACGGGCUCACAGAUGAGGUGUAUCGAGCAGGCCUACGACACCAUCGCUGACAACAUCCGCUGGGCUGAAACCAACUUCCCCGUGCUGCAGUCCUGGCUGAAAAAAAGCCAGAGGUGGCUUCAUGAGGACUUGUAACGGUCACACAAAGACACUUUUUAGAUGUAUUACCCUAAAUUAUUAGUAUUAUUUAAGGGGGACAGACUUUUCACAGUUUGAGAGGAACAUGUCAAGUAGGACGUGUUCUAAUUGUGACCAAACACAAUUUGGUCACAAUUUUACACCUUGCACGGACAUCAAAAAGAUAUCUUUGGGUUAUUUGAGCCAACAGCUCAAAGAUCUAAUGGUAUUAUCCAAUUGCUAUUUUUUAUUUGCUCUAUUGCUUAGUCUUCAACUGAUUUUCGUUGCCAGAAAUGAACAAUGGUCUGUGUUUUUAUUUAUUAUGAAGAAUUGUUGUUUUAGGGCUUUUGGGUUAUCAAUGUGAAGCACACAAUGUCUGAAUAUCUGCGUUCCAACAGGUCACAAAUCUUUGUCUCUCCCCGUGCUUGUGUGGGUUUUCUCAGGCUCUGUUUCUCCCCCAAAAUUCCCAAACAUGCAUGUUAAGUUAAUUAAAGACUAAAUUGUCCUUAGGUGUGAAUGUGGGGGUGAAUGAUAUUUUGUCUGUGCCUUGUGAUUGACUUUCGACCGUAAGCCACCUUCCACCCAACGUCAACUGGGAUAGGCUCCAGCUCACAGCGUUCCUGAACAGGAUAAGCAAUAUGGAAAAUGGCCUUACAGUAAAAUAUCAACAAUACACUUCUCUGUGCAAGUUUACAACUAUCCAUUUAAUAUGUAUUUUUUUAUGAAGACAAAUGCCAAGGCUUUGAACCAAGCUUUCGCUAAUGCACUAAUAUUGUUGUUCUUUAAUAGAGAUGCUAUUGUGAUAUGAGAAGACAUAUGCCUACGUGGGUUUUCUCCGGGCACUCCGGUUUCCUCCCACAUCCCAAAAACAUGUGUGGUAGGUUGAUUGAAGACUCUAAAUUGCCCGUAGGUGUGAAUGUGAUUGCGAAUGGUUGUUUGUUUAUAUGUGCCCUGCGAUUGGCUAGCCACCAGUUCAGGGUAUACCCCGCCUCUCGCCCGAAGAUAGCUGGGAUAGGCUCCAGCCCCCCCGCGACACUACUGAGGAUCAGCGGUACAGAAAAUGGAUGGAUGGAUGGACAUUGUUGUUGAUUGCUGCUGUCUUGAUGGGUCAGGGUUAUUCAUCACAUCUGCAUCUUAGUCCAACUGUUUUUCAUUUUAUGUCAUACUCCCAUGAGAGCAACUAGAGCAACUGUCUUCGAAACUUUUUUUUUUUUCUUUUCUCGCAAUCCAUGAAGAGACGCAUUCACUGCCAUUGACGGCUUUAGAAGUCAAAUAUCCAUGUUAACUGGGAAGGCUGGCAGUGAAUGAGUUUUAAGAUGUUCUACGGCAGGUUCUCAACUAGGGGUCUGUGGACCCCUAGUGGUCUUUGGUGUAGUUGCAAGGGGUCCCUGACAAUCCCUUUUUAAAAAGAUUUAUGACAUUUAUAGUGAUAGGAUUAUUUUACUCAGAUGUGACUGAGACCUUUAUCUACUUAAACUACAAAUGGUAAAGGACUUUUUUUUUGUGUCUCUAAUUCUGUCCGUUUCACAAGUGUAAUCAAUUACAUUUGCAAUGUUGAAGUCAGGAGGUCCUUAGGGUUAAUCAAAUAUUUGCAGGAGGUCCCGGACCCUAAAAAGGUUGACAGCCACUGUUCUAAGGGAAACAUUAUUUUAAUUUUGUAUCUUGGUGAAUUGAACAUGCACAUUUUGUUUUGGAUCUCUUUCUAUUGUCCAGGUGUAACCCUUUUCUGUUGCUUGGAUUUAUUAAAAAAAAAAAAAAAAAAAAACUGUUUUACAUCACAUUUGAUUUAAACCAAUCGCAUCCUAAUUGAUGUAACUAUGAUAACAAUUGUGAAGAUUCAUCAAUGUCUGGAGUCUGGACCUUGAGAAAGAUUUUGACCUUGACCAAAAAAAAAAAUACAAUGAAAACAUCUCUUGGUAGCAGAAUGUUUUCGUCCACUUUAAGAUUUUUCAAGUAUAUACUACUAUUCAUGUGCAAUAAACCCCAAAUGUAUUCCAUGGCCAAAGUCAGAAGUAAAGUGAAUUUUACCUUAAAGUGUAAAAAUAAAAACAAACUGAAAAAAGAAUGAAAAUAAAAAUAUCUUCCUGCUGGAAAUAACACAA